AUGACGCGCGUUCUCCUUACUGGUGGCAAUGGCUUCAUCGCAGCCCAUACUCUCGAUUUACUGCUGAAGUGCGAGCACUCAGUAGUCACUACAGUCCGCACCCAAGAGAAAGUCGGAAAACUCACGACAGCUUACGAACUCUAUGUCAAGAACGGUCAAUUGGGAUUCGCUGUUGUGCCAGACAUCGCUACACCAGGCGCUUUUGACAAGGCCGUCAUCUCCAAUCCGCCGUUCGAAGCAGUGCUGCACACGGCCAGCCCGAACCGCUUCAACAUCGCCGACAUUAAGAAAGACUUGAUAGACCCAGCAGUCGAAGGCACGGUUGGAAUUCUCAAGAGCAUCAAGGCCAGCGCUCCUUCAGUGAAACGUGUCGUUAUAACUUCUUCCUUUGCCGCAAUGGCCGACGCCAGUAAAGGCACUCGGCCAGGUCACAUCUAUCAGGAAGAAGACUGGAACCCUGUCACCGAACAAGAAGCGCAAGCAAACGCUAUCAUGGCAUACAGCGCUGGCAAAACCUUUGCCGAGAAGGCUGCAUGGGAGUUCUUAGCGGGCGAAAACCCUGCUUUUGACAUUACUGUCAUCAAUCCUCCAAUGGUCUUUGGUCCGGUUAUUAAUGGUCUGGAGACUCUUGACAGCAUGAAUACCUCCAACCAACGUAUUCUUGAGGCGGCACAGGGCAAAUUCCAAGACGAGAUACCCGACAAUAACCUUCUCUAUCUGUGGGUAGACGUCCGCGAUGUUGCUGCAGCACAUGUCGCAGCACUCGAACAACCCGCAGCAGCGAACAAGCGUUUCUUCACGGUAGCGGGAUACUAUUCACACAGAGAGAUACUCGCCAUCAUCGAGAAACGCUUUCCUGAAUACAACAGGAAAAUCUCGGCCGGUGCCACGCCAGGUGGUGACUAUCCAGACGGUGGAACCGACAGGCUGUAUAGAUACAGUAACAAACGAUCGGUCGAAAUCUUGGGGAUGAAGUACAGAGAUCUAGAGGAGUCUAUUGUCGAUACGGUGAAAUCGUUCCAAACGUUGGGUUUGUGA